AUUUAAAAUGAAYGAGGAACCUGAGAACAAUUUAACUUUGCUGUAUGACAACUGGACAUCUUACAACUCUUCCGUGGAUCUCUUCAUCCCCAGGAACAAUGUGACGUAUGUUGGAUAUUACCUGCAUCAGCCAGCAACGGCAGCCACCUUCAUCGUGUCCUACCUGCUGAUCUUCCUGGUGUGCAUGGUGGGAAACGGAGUGGUGUGUUUUAUAGUCCUGAGGAGUAAAAACAUGCGAACAGUUACCAACUUGUUCAUCUUAAACCUUGCUGUCAGUGAUCUGCUGGUGGGCAUUUUCUGUAUGCCCACCACUCUUCUUGACAACAUCAUCACAGGAUGGCCUUUUGGAAGCCUGGUCUGCAAACUGAGCGGCAUGGUCCAAGGGAUUUCUGUCUCUGCAUCUGUUUUCACUCUGGUUGCCAUUGCUGUUGACAGGUUCAGGUGCAUCGUUUACCCGUUCAAGCAGAAGCUCAGCAUCUCCACAGCCACACUGAUCAUAGUGGUGAUCUGGCUUCUGGCCGUUUCCAUCAUGUGUCCCUCUGGGGUCAUGCUUCAGGUGACCAAGGAGCACAGCAUCCGGAUCCUGCUGGGCCACAACAAUAAAACCGGUCCUUUUUAUUGGUGCAGGGAGAAGUGGCCUAACCAGGGCAUGAGGAAGAUCUACACCACUGUCCUGUUUGCAAACAUCUACCUCGCCCCUCUUUCCCUCAUUGUCAUCAUGUACGCCCGGAUUGGCAUCACGCUCUUUAAAACGGCCGUUCCAACUGGGGGGAAGCCAGGCCCUGACAACCGCCACGUGUCCAAGAAGAAACAAAGAGUGAUCAAAAUGCUUCUCAUUGUUGCUCUGCUGUUCAUCGUGUCCUGGCUGCCGCUGUGGACCCUGAUGAUGCUGAGUGACUACGCCAGCCUGACAGAUAACCAGUACAAAAUUAUUAACAUUUACAUCUACCCCUUUGCCCACUGGCUGGCCUUCUUUAACAGCAGCAUAAACCCCAUCAUUUACGGGUUCUUCAAUGAGAAUUUCCGAAGAGGUUUUCAGGCCGUGUUUAAGUUCAGCUUGUGUUCGGCGGACGGACAGAGAAGGAAAAGCUACUCCCACAGACUCCAGGGGAACUCUGUCCUCCCASAUAACAACCUGCAGAGCUCUUUGGAGCCCAUUUCUCUCAACAACCUGGACAAGAACUGUUCCCGGCAGUUCAACCAGGUUACUGAACGAGACUUGGUGAUGGAGGACCUGGAGAAGGAAUCUUGUAGCAGUGGUGGUGUGACUGCACUGUCUAUCUGAAGAAAUCCUUCUUUCCAACCAGAAUUAGGGAGAAUCAAUCUCAAAUUCCCAAUACCUCGUGGAAAACUGGUGGACCUGUCUGAACGGGCAGGUCAGUGUGGUCCUGUCAACAGAUAAAAACACAUGACGUAUAAAACAAAAAUAUUUGAUUUUAGCAAACAAAUGAGUCUGGUGUUAAAGUGAAAAUAUGUCUUCUGGGUGAUUCUUCAUGUUUUUUAUAGGAAAAGUCAAAACCCAUGCAGCUGUUUGGACUGCAGCUAUGAAAGAAAAGUCCAGCACACACAAGGWUUACUGGAUGUCUAAUAAUCUGUUGAUUCUGAAAACAGGAAGUGUUUUCUUAAAGAUUGUUUUUAAUAACUUUACUGCUCGAUUCUUCAGAUUUCAUCAGUCUAAACAUCUGCAGCUGCUGCUGUCCUUGGUCUUCCUGUCUGCCGYCAGGUAGUGAGGUCCGGUGCUUCCUCUCUUCUUCAGCGCACAUAUAUAUAUAUACACACACAUACAUACAUACAUAUAUAUAUAUGUAUAAACAGUUCUCAGAUAUGUAUCUGAUCUAGAUGGAAACAGAGAAGCUGACGUGUCUGGACCACAUGUUGAAGUUAAAGCCAGAUGUUUUCAGAAGUUGGUCUCUGGUCCAAUGUGUUUACAUGAGAGUGCAGUUCUCCAGACUGAUGAGAAAACUUUUUAUAAUCCAUCAGUUGAACGGUUUGAAUUCUGCAAUGUGCUCUGCAAACAGAAAAGUGUAAAUACUGUCAGAUGUUACUGAGGAGUAUGUUGUGUGUUUCCCUGUUUGUUCUGUCAGGAUUAAASGUGUAAAGAAAGAGACAGUGAAGAACAAACCUGUUAGUUUAAUAUUUUACUGUACAAACAUCAAAUCUUUGACUCCAGGUCAUUCAUGGUUCAAACACCAAAACUUUAUUUCACAAACUUUUACAGACUUCAAGUUUCUGUUCUACGUUGUCUUUUAGAUSUGAAAGAUGAAUUCAUCCAUUAUCUUGUUCCAGAGGCAGGUCUUGGGGGCAGCAGCUGGACCAGGGAGGUCCAGACCUCCGAUUCCUCAGCCAGCUCUUCCAGUUGUUCUGGGAGGAUCCCAAGGUGUUCCCAGACCAGUGAGAGACAUACCUGGGUCAUCCUCAGGGUCUGAACAAGUCCAGAACACCUCAAGGGUCAUCCUCAGGGUCUGGACAAGUCCAGAACACCUCAGGGGUCAUCCUCAGGGUCUGAACAAGUCCAGAACACCUCAGGGGUCAUCCUCAGGGUCUGGACAAGUCCAGAACACCUCAGGGGUCAUCCUCACCAGAUGGCCCACCUGUGGUGGUUCCUCAUGGAGAGCUGAAGCUCUCACCUUAUGCAUUCAGUAAAACUCAUGUUCACUUGAUUUCUGCUCCAACAACAUCCCACUGAACAUCUGGUGCUGGAUGUAGAGAGGAAAUGUGCUUUGACUCAUUUACAACUUGUUUUAUUUCAGCAGACACUGCUUGAGUCGGGAAUCCAGGGAAGUGUUUGUAGAUUGGUUCUGAGCAGGAGAAACCUUCAGUUUCCACAGGCUCAACACGUUCACACUGCUCUAUUUACAACCUUUGAAAUGAUAAAAGUUGCAAUGUUUCAUGUGUUUGUAUUUUUAUAAAAUACUCCUAAAGUGAGAGAAAAGCUUGUGUGUUGUUUWGGAGGAAAACUGAUGUGAAAACAGAUAUUUUUUUGUUUUCUUUAUUUUUGAAUCAGCAAGUAAAAAGUGGAGAUGUUCAGUGCAUGUGUGUCUUUGUACUGACAGAUAUUUCAGUGGAAAACUUUGUUUCUGUGAACUAAAACUGUCCAAAUUCUGUCAAUAAAAGCUCCAAGUGCAAACAGAA